AUGGCGGACGGGACACGGUCGCUGCGCGGCGGCAGCCCGGCCUCCAGCCCGCUGUUGGGCGGACGGGGCCGCGCGGCGGCGGUGGCGGCGGGAGGAGGGAGCAGCCCGCCGGGCCACGGCUUCCGCAGGGUGACCCUCACCAAGCCCACCUUCUGCCACUACUGCACCGACUUCAUCUGGGGGCUGGCCGGCUACCAGUGCGAGGUCUGCAACUUCAUGUCUCAUGAAAAGUGCCUCAAGAAUGUCAAGAUACCGUGCUCAUGUAUUGCUCCCAGCCUUGUAAGGGUUCCAGUUGCACACUGUUUUGGACCUCCAGGACGUUACAAGAGGAAGUUUUGCACUGUGUGCAGGAAGUCACUUGAGUCACUUGCCUUUCGAUGUGAAGUUUGUGAGCUACAUGUGCACACAGACUGUAUCCUGUUUGCUUGCAGUGACUGCCGGCAGUGUCACCAGGAUGGGCACCAGGACCACGAUACUUACCAUCACCACUGGAGGGAGGGAAACCUUUCUUCAAGUGCUCGUUGUGAAGUCUGCAAAAAAACCUGUGGCUCUUCUGAGGUGCUGUCUGGCAUGAGAUGUGAAUGGUGUGGCAUCCUGGCUCAUGCUGCUUGCUACAUAAUUGUCCCACCAGAAUGUACUUUUGGAAGAUUAAGGAACAUGAUCCUUCCUCCAAGCUGUGUCCAGUUGUUCUCUCGCAACUUCAGCAAACUGCAUUGUUUCAGAAUAUCAGAAAAUUUGCAAACAGAAACAGGUGAUGAAGAUGAUGAUGUUGAUGGGUCACCACAGGGAUCAGCAAAGGAUGUCCAAAUUUCAACAGAUUCAAGUAAGCAAACCCUGAAGAUCUUUGAUGGGAAUGAUGCAGUGAAACGCAACCAAUUUCGACUGAUUUCCGUUCCAAGGAUUGCAAAAAAUGAGGAAGUUGUGGAGGCUGCUUUGAGGGCAUACUACAUAAGUGAUGACCAGCAGGAGUAUGAGCUUCAGACCUUCACACAGCAGGCACUGCUGUCUGAUGAUGUCAUCAACAGGAAUGAUGCUGCAGAGGACAGCAACUUGGGCUCGGUGUUCCGAGAAUCCGUUCCUGAAGCUUGGAUCAUCAGGGCCAAACCAAAGGAUGAGGAAGUGAUCAGAAUUUACCCUGCCUGGCUGAAGGUGGGCAUGGCCUAUGUUUCUCUACGAGUAAAUAAGGGCAGCACCACACAGACUGUGAUCAAAGAAGUGCUUCCCUUACUUGGAAGGCAGACGGAGUGCCUCCAGAAUUUCAAGCUGGUGGAAGUGCUGAUGGGCAGUAAGCAAGUUCAGCGCAUGGUGUUGGACAGUCAGGAACUGAUUCUUAACAGACUCAAGGACAUCAGAAAGACUUCAGUACGUCAGAUGAACCAAACAAGGUUUUACAUCGUGGAAAACAGCAAAUCCGUGGUGCGAGUCAGUUUAUUUGUGGGUGGCCUUCCACCUCAGCUGUCCCCUGAAGAAUACACAAAUAUUCUCAAGGAUGAAUUAGCUAUUAAAACAAAUGUAGUAUCUGUGAGUCAUGUUUAUCAAGGACAAGGUGCUGUUGUGCUUGAAAUUUCCUGCUUUUCUGAAGCUGAAAGAAUAUAUAUGCUAGUUAAAGAUACCACUGUCAAUGACAAGCCUCUGAACGCCGUGGUGAUUCCCGAAGUUGUGGCUUCCAAGAUACCACAGAACUGCUGCCCGCUUCUGGUGUUUGUGAAUCCGAAGAGCGGUGGUUUAAAAGGCCGGGAUCUGUUGUACAGCUUCAGAAAGCUGCUGAACCCACAUCAGGUCUUUGAACUUACCAAUGGUGGCCCACUGCCUGGGUUCCACACCUUCUCCAAUGUCCCUUCCUUCCGGGUGCUGGUGUGUGGUGGGGACGGCACCGUCGGAUGGGUCCUCGGCGCGCUGGAGGAGAUCAGGCACAAGCUGGUGUGCUCAGAGCCCUCUGUUGCCAUCUUACCUUUAGGAACAGGUAAUGACUUAGGGAGGGUCUUGCGCUGGGGAGCUGGCUACAGUGGGGAGGACCCCUACUCCAUUCUGAUCUCUGUGGAUGAGGCAGAUGAUGUCCUUAUGGAUCGCUGGACUAUCCUCCUGGAUGCAGAGGAGCCAGCUAAUGGUGCAGAGAAUGGUGUGGCAGAACCUGAGCCUCCAAAGAUUGUACAGAUGAACAAUUACUGUGGUCUUGGCAUCGAUGCAGAGUUGAGCUUGGACUUCCACCAUGCUAGAGAGGAAGAACCAGGGAAAUUUAACAGCAGGUUUCACAAUAAAGGAGUUUACGUGAAAGUUGGGCUGCAGAAGAUAAGUCACACCAGAAAUCUUCACAAAGACAUAAAGCUUCAAGUGGACCAGCACGAGGUGGAGCUACCAAGCAUAGAGGGACUCAUUUUUAUUAACAUACCCAGCUGGGGCUCUGGAGCUGACCUCUGGGGGUCUGAGAGCGACAACCGCUUUGAGAAACCGCGCAUCGAUGACGGCCUGCUGGAGGUGGUUGGUGUGACUGGCGUGGUUCACAUGGGUCAAGUCCAAGGUGGUUUUCGGUCAGGAAUCCGCAUAGCCCAAGGCUCCUAUUUCCGUGUGACACUCCUAAAGGCCAUUCCAGUUCAAGUUGAUGGAGAGCCCUGGAUUCAGGCCCCUGGCCAGAUCAUCAUUUCUGCUGCAGGACCAAAGGUCCAUAUGUUGAAAAAAUCCAAGCAGAAACAGAAGAAAACUGGAAGCCUGAAAGAGAUGAGAGUGGAUAGCAUGUCAGUCUCUGAAGGAGGACGUUAAGUGGACACCUGUGCUGAAGAAGUGAUGCAGCACACCAAGAUGGUUCAG